AUGGCAUCAGGAGAUACAAAGACAAGCCUCAAGGAUGCCUACCCCUCUGCCAGGAGGCUGUCCCUGCAGGAGGAGGAGGAGGGAGAGGUUGAGGACUACUGCACCCCUGGACCCUUCGAGCUGGAGCGCCUCUUCUGGAAGGGCAGCCCCCAGUACACACACGUCAACGAGGUCUGGCCCAGACUCCACAUUGGUGAUGAGGCCACAGCGCUGGACCGCUACGGGCUGCAGAAGGCGGGCUUCACGCACGUGCUGAACGCCGCGCACGGCCGCUGGAACGUGGACACCGGGCCAGACUACUACCGCGACAUGGCCAUCGAGUACCACGGCGUCGAGGCCGACGACGUGCCCACCUUCGACCUCAGCGUCUUCUUCCACUCGGCUGCCGCCUUCAUCGACUCCGCUCUCCGAGACGACCACAGUAAGAUCCUGGUUCACUGUGCCAUGGGCCGAAGCCGGUCGGCAACCCUGGUCCUGGCCUACCUGAUGAUCCACAAGAACAUGACCUUGGUGGACGCCAUCCAACAGGUGGCUAAGAACCGCUGUGUCCUGCCCAACCGGGGCUUCCUGAAGCAGCUCCGGGAGCUGGACAAGCAACUGGUGAAGCAGCGGCGACAGGCUGGGCCAGGGGACAGCGAGCUGGGGAGGUAGGGGGCCCGCCCCAGGGAGGAUCGGGGACCCUGGCGCCCAGAGCGGAGGAAGGCUGACGGACGGGUGUCUGCACGGAGGCUUUGUCGGUCAUGGAGAUGGGACAGUGAAAUUAAAAGGCUGGGUACAGGGAGGAUGCCCAGCUGUCUCCUCCAAGUCUAGUUCUCCAUCUCACGGUGGGCCAGGCCGGCUGCAGGGGGACCUGGGUUCCGAUGAGUACCACUGUGGUCUCCCGUCCUUUACGUUGGAAGCAUUGGAAGCAGAGAGGUUUUGUUUUUUUUUUUUUAAAUGUGUGGGCAUUGUGUUGUGAUUAAAUGUUUGGCUCUGAAAGAAAAAAAAAUCACAUUCUUAUAAAAAAAUAACUUAAAAUAGAACUUGAUUUUUUUAACCACAAGCUGUGUUACAAGACGGGCUUUACCACUUAUGAGGAGCCUCAGAGCACCCAUGUUUCUUUGUCCAUGGUGGGGUGUGUGUGUGUGUGUGUGUGUGUGUGUGUGUGUGUGUGUAUGUGUGUAUAAGGGGUGGCAUGGAGUCCCUUCCUUACAUCACAGCCAGAGCUGUCACCACCCAAAUGAGCUGUGGUCAAUUUGGACAAGGAAGCGUGUAACCUCACAAUUUGGGAGAAAGAGAGACACAGGAGACACUUAAUUUGAGGGGACCUGAAUGCCUCUUUCCUUUUAGCUCCAGGAAGGGCACAAUGGUGGUUCGUUUUCACUCACACCCUGAACUAUUUGCAAAUGUCUGGCUUGCAUGGAACUGGAGGGCAGGGCAGCCAGGUGAGCACAGAUGUGAGCUGGCCUCUCUUGAGAGUGAAGUCAGCACCACCAGGGUCAUUCUUCACUCAAGGAAACAGCAGCAGCACAGUAGUGUGGUGGCUUCCAGAAGCAGGAGCCCGGAAAAGAUGGAACCUAGAGAGAGACCAGCGGUGGAGUACCACCAAUGAUGGUGUCCUGGAGAGAGCAGAGAGGGCCUGAGGCCUUGGGGGAACGGCGGGAAGGAGCCCAUGCUUCCUUCCAGUGUGAACUAGAGGGUCCAAGAGGAUGCUCUUGCUGGAGGGAUGCUGAAGUCCAGGGAAGCUGGGUAAAUGUCACUGUGACAUCCGGGGGAGCUGUCUUGCUUUCGUGCCACUUGUAGUUUGGGACCUUGUGGUUAGACUGGUCUCCUGGGACUCUCACGAGAAUGCUCUGGGUGUCACCUUUGUUCAGGAGGAGGCUGGGUCCUCAUCUUAACAUAGGCAUGGGAGGAGAUUACCUCAAGACUCCCUUACAGUUACAAUAUUGGCCUUGUAAUAAAACAAACAAACAAACAAACAAAAAACCCAAAACAUUGUUGAAAAGUUGAAACCAAACACACACAGUCACCUGGUCUUGCCAGGCGGCAAGCCUGAAGUGGAGACGGUGCUAAGCUGAGAUGCCUGGCUGGAUGAACCCCAAGUCAUGACUGUGAGGGAAAGCACACUGGAGUAGCACACCUACCAAGGCCAGACUUGCUUGAGGACUCAAUUUGGUGUCCUGGGAGCCACAGGCUCUUGGGAGAGGGACCUGGGGUCAGAGUAGUCCCUACGUGGGCUUUUCGUCAGAGCAUCCUGAUGACCCCUUCUGAACUCAGUUCUCUAUUAGUCUUAGCCAUUCAGUGUCCAGACAAGUCAGUAUUUCUAUUUUCACGAUGCACUUGCGUUGUGAACUCAUAUGCAGGAGACGUAGGACGUACAUAGUUCCAUUGAGGUUUUCUUGAGCCACUGACCCUGUACUUCCUCUCUGUGGAGUACCCCAUAGCCCACCUCUCUGUGGAGUAGAGUCCUGUCGAAGCAGAGAACCUAAUGUUGCAUGCCUGCACUCUUCCUGGUGACUCCUGGGACUUAGAGGUAAGAGAAAGGAGGAACGGAAAUGUUAGUAACAGCGUUUAAAGACCUCAUAAGCAAUGUUUGCACUCAGUUAAAUAGCAUUAUUGAGACUUAGCACAUUCCCAAACCCGGGUUAAGGGGCCAAAUUAAAACAUGCAGAUGGCACUAAAAGGCAGUGUGGGACAUGGGGGAUGAGGUAACCGGUGGAGAAGCCCACUCUGGAUGAGUUAGUAUGGUGUUGGGAAAGAAUAUACCUCCAAGUGUGCAGUGAAACAGAGAGGAACUGGUCAAGGCCGUUUCUUAUCACAAAAAGUGUGUCUCAACCCAAAUGGGGUUGGCAAGCAGCACAGAUGGCCAAGGUGGACUCCAUCUUUUAUCCUUAAUUCAAGUGGGAGCUUGGCUUCCUCGCUGGCUGAGGUUCAGCCUCCUAGUCUACCCUGGACUGGCUAAUUUGGAAAGAGGAAAAUGGUUAAGUUCCAGGAAUGUAAUAAGUUUUACAAGGUAAAGGAGAUGAAAAGAAUCUGAAUAAAAGUUUUACAAGGUGGGGUAGGUAACUCGGGGAAUAUUGGCUCUUGGUGGGCUAGCCACCUUUGAUAGAAAAAAAAAAACCAACCCAUUUCUCACAGGGAAACCUUUAUUGAAGGGAGGAGGGUCUUGGGACAGCAGCUCACUGUGUAGCCCAGGUUGGCUUUGAAUUCACGACCUCAGCUGGAGAGUUGGCUCAGCAACUCACACGGUGGCUCACAACUGUCUGUAACUCCAGUUCCAGGGCAUCCGAUGGCUCUUCUGGCCUCCAUGAGCACCAAGCACACAUACACAGUACAGGAAAAAUACCUGUAUUAAAAAAAAGAAAAAAAGAAAAAAGAAAGAAACAUUCCAAAAAGAACCCACCGCCCUCUCUCCCAGCAGGAGGGGGAAUCUCACCGAGGACACAAGAGGAGCUUGUCCUUGGAGGGCACCUUCCAAAGGGGUAGGAGAUUCUAGAAUUUGAUUCGGAACACUGAUGACUGCGGGGAAAUACAAUUCUGGGAGUCUUCUGUCAUCACACUGGAUGAGAUAAAGAGGAAGAAAAGAUGCCCCCGAGCCCAGGGCUUGCAGAACGGUUCUGGGUGGAGGAGGAAGAGGCAGGAAAACCAUCCCAGAAAGCGAUGGCAGGAGCCUGCUCCAUGGCAGAUCCCCGACGCUAACGGCUGGGCAAGGCUUGCUCUCGAUAAAGGAACCUGCAUCUACAGAGCCGAUUUGACAUCAUCAGGUGAUUGACCAUCCGCUGGGCCUUCACAUCAGAGGUGACAAAUCUGGGCCUUUUCAGACUAGUGUUUCCGAAAGCUGAUUCAGUCCUCUGGGUACAUUGCAGCUUAAAAUUUCCGGCUGAGUUGGGGGCAAUUAACUUUUUGUUUUUUUCUACCUCCUGACCAAUGGGUGUGGGUUAUGUAGGAGGACCGUUGACAAGGGCUGAGUCAUCAUUUCUCAUGUUGGCAAGCAGGGCCUGUAGACCUGAGCUACUUAAGUGAAGUUGGCAUCAGAUGACCACUCUUACAAAGCAAACGCUGUUGGUCUUAAAGAUGUGGGCAAUGAGUGGAUGGAUACCAACCUAAGCGCAGUUGUAUUGUUAUGAUGGAUCUAAGCCAUAUCCCAGGAUUUGUGGGGUGGCUUUUCCAGUGAGGCCCCAGCCAACUCAGCUGGACAGUUCUUUCCCAACACAGCUUGUUUCCUUAGGGGAUAUUUGGACUCUGCUGUUCUGAGGCAUGGGUGUGGAACAGUGAUUAGGAACUGAUCCAUAAAGCUCCUUUGGACUGUGAAGCGAGAGAGCAAGAGGUGGAGCAUUGGGACCCAGACUUCCUACAACCCAAAGGUAUGUUAACAGGCUAUACUCAAAGGGAAAGGGGGUGUCUGGGCCCCCAGACUCUAAACAAAAGGCACUAAAUUAGCACAUAAAUGUUUCAAAGAGGGGCUUGGAGGGUGUCUCUGUGGGGUUCCUAGACAGGGACAACAGCUUCCUGCCAGAUGUGUGGUCCAUUGCCCUGCCGGGACCCUCAGCCACUCCUAACCUGCUCUCACGACUGGUUCAGACAAACUGCACACAAUCACCUGCUUCUCAGAAGAUAGCAUGUUUUCCUUCCCCAAGAAUUAUAUUCUGCACCCCGCUUUGCUUUACCAGCCCGUGCAGGAGGGUCUCCCUACAAGCAUUCACGCCUUCCCCACAGCUACUUCAGCUAUUAUCAUCCCACUGGCUUGGCAGGAGCUGAAGGCUCGAAGGUAAAGUGUGGAUGCCAACCCCAGCCUACACCCUAGAAGCAGGCGAUGGUGAGAACAGGAAGGCAGACCCCAGCGGGCUUCUUCUGUUGGGGUGGCCUUUUGUUCUGGCAUGUACGUACUAUCCCACCUGGUUGAGCCCCAGUUAUGGUUUGUGUCAGUGAUGUGCAGAGUUGUGAGCUCCUGUGCACAGAUGAUGCCUUGAAAACUCCGUGGGCCAGUCACACAGAGGUGCCAAGCCAUCAAAUAUUUUAACUCACAGUCAAAACUUUCUCUGAAUGCCACGCAAUGUGUAUAAACAUUCACUUUUGGGUGUGUGUGUGUGUGUUAAACUAUAAACACUAUAAGGGAACAUCCAGUCAUUCACAAGUGAGUGAAACUUUCACACUUUUUAAAAGAAAUGAACUUUGAAAUAUACCACCCCCAACUGAGUGUUUGUGACAGCAAUCUUUUAAAAAAAGCAGCUUGCUAGUGUGGUACCAGGCCCUCAGGGGUUCCUGCAGAUGGUACAAGUGAGGCAACUGGACAUCCUUGUGGGAGCUUUGGGCAAAUGAAGAUCAAAGUCAAAAGAAAAAAACAAACUCACUUUAUUUUAAAGACAAUAAUUGGCAUACAGAAGGUAUGCACUAGCAUAAAGUAAACUUUCAUGAAAAGCAUUAAAAUCCAUUAUAAAUUAAUUUAUUAAAUAGGUAUUUGGUAUAUGUGAUGGUUUUAUUAGAUAUUACUCUUAUUUAUUGCCAACCCCUCCCCCAAAGUCAAAACAAAUCAGAAAAAUCC